CUCGUUUUGGUGAUAUUGGGAGGACAUCAAACAGGGCAAGCUGUUUCAUACUGAACAUUAUAUAUUUAUACUGUUUCUUUGUUGUAGAGAAGUCAAAAAUUGUACCAUUGGUUAAGUUUUAAUGAGGCUAUGUUGAAACUGAAUUGUAGUGUGCAGUGAAAGUUUCAUUAUACUGGUGGGUUUAUGAGGUUUAUUGAUUUGGGAUUAGAAACUGGUCUGGAUCUUUCUUUAACAGUGUUUGAUGAGGAUGCACUCCCAAGGAGUGUUGGCCAGAUCUCCUCCAACUCCUCCUUCAGCAUUUGUACAUAUCAGUGAUAAAGACAUGACAGAAAUUGAGUUGCACACUGUGGACUCCAUCAGUGACCUGCACCGCACACACUCUGAACAACACUGCAAAGGUGUCCGACCGCCACGUCCACAACCUCCAUCCAUCAAUGGGAACCUUCAGAUGAUUGACAGGCCAGUUGUUUGUCAAACAGGGUAUCGAAUGAGAGGAUCUCAUUUGAGUCAACUCAAUGAUAUGUGGACUUCCUCUAAGUGCGGCUACACUUUGACAUGUGUGGCUGUAGUGCUGAUCCUCCUCACAGUCAUUCUGAUAUUUAGCUUCUUAGUCCAGCAGAGCAGAACUCUACACAGACUAGCUGAGGCACUGACGCAAAGGCAAGAAACAACAGAAGAAAUAUCCAUCAUCUUUCAAGAACUCCAGGCUCUGCGCAAAAACCUGACAGCACUGAAGAUCAGACACUGACCUCCUACAAAUAUCACACACAGAUAUCUUAAAAAAAUAUCCAUCCAAGAGUAUGUCACAAUCAAAAUUCUAUCCAUAUGGGGUCUGUGUUGUGUAAAAUUACAGACUCACUCCACAGGGUGUGAUUGACUAUAAGGCAAUCAUUAUGACAGAGUGGUAUGUUUGUGUGUGCGUUGCAGAUCACAAAAGUCAGAAUCUAGUCCAAUAGAUAUUCUAAGUACCAGCUGGAGCAGGUAGCUUGCAAAGUGAGAUUCAGUAAAGCAGACUAAAGCUAGAUUUUGAAUUUAAACUCGUUAGUUUUUUUAAACAGCAUUUUAUGUAUUUAAAGUCAACUGGAUUUUUUCAACUUAUCUGCUUUAGUAUAUCUAUAUCUAUCUAUGCUGAGUGACAGCUGAGGUCGAAGCAUAUGUUACAAACCAAGUUCAGUAUGUGUUCAGGAAAUUACAAAUGAUUACUCCAUAGUUAAAAGUUACUGUUCCACAGUGAAAGGAACUGUGUAGAUACAUGUUCAAAAUUGCAUAACAGUGGUUCUUUAUGUCCUCUAAACACUGACCCAUCAUGUGUACCUUAAAAUCUCAAUUUACCACUGUUCUGAUUAGCACUGAAUGUCACUAUAAAAGAACAUAUACAGCAUAAAAUGCUAAACAAAUGAGAUUUACAGACAUCUGACAUAGAGGACCAGAUAAUCAAAUGAAAGCACUCUGUAACUAACCAUACUAUACUGAUGUAUCAUGUGACCAACCAAACUGAUAGAGAUCUCCUAAACAAAUGAUACUGUUUAAGAUCAAGCAAAACAAGCACAGAUAAAAGUGGACUCCUGAGCAACACGCUAUCUUAGAGAGCUUCGAUAAAGAUGCCCCAAUAAAAACUACUUAUUAAAGAUCUGUACAUAUUCUUAAACAGUGACAUAAGGACCACAUUACUUACUGUAGAUCAGAUUUUUUUUUUUUUUUGGAUAAACAAUAAAAAAAAAAUGAUAAAAGGCUGCUUGCGCUGGAACUGAUUU